GAAGCUUCGAAGCUGCAAAAGGUCGGCUGCAACCACAAGGGUUGAGCUGAUCAAGAGAUGGACGAGGGAUGAAUACAAGACGUGGACUUUCCUCCGGCAAUGGAGUCCAGCUGACAGCAGGCGCAUCGUGGUCUGGGUCUGCUGAGAAAAGAGGUGUUUGUGUGUAAAUUAGCGCCGCGGGGUAUGGCGAUCACUGUCCUGCUACAGGUCUAUCAUACGGCACAGCAGGGGCAGUUGGUGGUUUCACCGGCAGAUCAGAGGAUUGUGAUUCCCAAUGUGGACCCCAGGGGGACGGUGGGCGAGCAGAUCAAGGGCUUUGUGCAGGAGAGACUUGGGGUGCCGCUUGAUCUGCAGGAGCUGACCGCCCCCCUCUUCGAAGAGCUCGCCGACUCGCAGCCCGCAACAUAUCUUCCGCACGCCUUCCUCUGCGAACCAUCCGCCGAAACCUCCCAACUCUUCGUCGACGAGGACUCGCUGUCUCUCUGGGGCGCGCACGCAGCGAGCCAGAUUGAGCUUUUUGAUGAUGACCGAUUAGCAGAGAAGCACAUCGUAGACCAUGCGGUUCUGAGGUUGAGAGUGCUUCCGGCGCUGUUGGAUCAGGACGAUGGAGGGCGCGUGUUUGUUGAGACAAAGGCGGGGCUGCUGCCGCUGCUGGGGAUAAGGCCCACGACGAGGGUCCGGUUUCUGAAAGAGAUGCUUUGCUCCCUGCUCAGCACCCCCGUCCACCACCAAACCCUCUCUUCCGCCGGGUGCAUCAUGCACGAUGACGCGCAAAUGGCGGACUUCGAAGGCCUUCACGCCGUUUACGCCGACUCUGUCCUCGAUCUGUGCUGCACGGGGGAUGCUCCUAAGGAGCGCGCCCACCGCCGGAUGGUUGUCCAUGUCAGCACCUUGGACGGCCGGGAAGUGUCGGUCGUUGUGUCUGGAAGGGAUCGCGUUCGAGACGUGAUGGUAGCGGUGGAGAAUCGGACGGGGCUGCCGGCGGACCAGCAGAAAGUUACUUUCAAUGGGAAGACCUUGGACGAGGCGUGGCUCUUAUGGGACGCAGCGGUCUCCCAUGAUAGCACCCUCCAUGUGGCCCCCUCUAGCAGCUUGCUCCGCUCCAUAAGCUAUGGGACAUCGUCAGAGGGUAGGGUGCAGCAGUUCCAUCCGGAGCUCUUAUCACCCCCGCCGGAGGACGGACAGGAGAACGGAAACAGGAAGAAGCGGAAGAUCAAGCUGAUGCGGGUCCGUGACGGAAGGAUCGUGGGCACAUUGAAGCUCACUUUCGCGUCCGGGGAAACAGUUGCGGACGUCCGGAGGCGCCUCGGGCGGCACCUUCGGCCGCUUUCGGACCAGAACGAGAACGAAAUAAGCCGAGAUUCGUGGGACGUUCCCACGCCGUCACGUGCGCCGGAAGUGCGCCUGCGGACGGUGCAUAGAAAGUCAAUGGCGCCUCCCGCGGAAUUACAACCCCUCGGGACGCCUUCUCCCCCGAACAAAAUGGGGGCAUCCCCGGAUUCGAUUGCGGACGCCGAGUUUUCCUUUAUCAAACCCCCACUGUCUAUGCUCGCGAGCGAAAAGUCUUUGGGCCAGUCGAUGUCACUGAGCGCCUGGAAGAGGCAACAGGACCGGCUGGAGGUUAUGAGGCGAAGCUUAGAGGCUGCAUCAGCGCCGGAGGAACAGAGUCGAAUGAAAGUGCACGAUUGGUUGGCUGCAGACGUCCCAAGCCCGGAUGGGGUGUGGCUAACCGAGUUGCCUGCUAAUAAAGAGGAGCCGAGGAAGCACCGGCGUAAUUGGCUCGGAGCAAAGUCCAAGAUUUUGAGAGCGUUGAGGAUCGGGAUCAGGGAAUGAGUCAUGGCUUUGGAUACGCCCAGAGCAUUGACUUGACGUUUAGUUUAUACGACAAGGUAGGGUUUUCUGCUAGUUCGAGCAUCGUGGAAAUGCAGUCAAUCCUGUAAGAAGGCGCUCUGAAAUACAGGGUGGUACUUUAGUGGCUUAGUAUGUAAUGUAUAUUUGGUUAACGUAUUUGCUGUGAGCUGGUCAUUGAGGACCAAUUCAUGCAAAGCUCUAGUGUUAAGUAGACAAGAAUACGUAGGACAUUCUUUAUUGGUAUACCUAAUAGAGGGGAGAAGGUUGAUUGUAGAGCAAAGUGCAAGUUCGCCAAGCGUUGAUUCUUGCUGUAACGUGGUGGUUUCGUUGACCGAGUGCACUAAGGGCUGAAGUUAAUUUAGCAAACAUUCAAACGUGUCAUGCGACAUUUUCAAAUUGGAGUUUUGUUGCAGGAAAGUCAGAGCUGGUCAUUCGUGGCGGCUACGUUGAAUCCUACAAUUAGUAGGUUGCUGGAUGAAGUUGGUUGCCAG